GCAGCCUCUCUUUACUAAGUGUAAACCCGUGGUGUUCCUGGCUUCUCUAAUAUUUUGGCACCAUUGCAGGUUUAUUCAGUAGAAGCCGUGCAGCUGAAAACAUCCUAACGUGGACCUUUGUGUGCUUAGACUUCAAGAGGAACAUGAAUAUCAUACUAGAGUAUAUAACUCUUAUUUUCAUUGCAAUCUUUUCCUAUCUGGAGGCACUGAUCAAGUUGUUUAUACCAGUAAAAAGGAAAUCUGUUAGUGGAGAUAUUGUCUUGAUUACUGGAUCUGGUCAUGGUAUUGGACGACUGACUGCCCUUGAGUUUGCCAAGCUGCAAAGUGUUCUUGUUUUAUGGGAUAUCAACAAGGAUGGAAUAGAAGAAACGGCAGAACAAUGCAGGAAACUAGGAGCUAAAGCUUUCACAUAUGUGGUAGACUGCAGUAAGAAGAAUGAAAUUUAUGCUGCAGCUGAAAAGGUGAAAACAACCAUUGGAGAUGUGGAUAUUCUGAUAAAUAAUGCAGGAGUAGUGUUUGGUGUAGAAUUUUUGGACCUACAAGAUCAUCAAAUUGAGAAGACAUUUGAAGUCAACAUUCUUGCUCAUUUCUGGAUCACCAAAUCUUUCUUGCCUGCAAUGCUGAAAAAAAAUCAAGGUCACAUAGCUACCGUGGCUUCUGUAUGUGGUCAUCUUGGUUUAACAUAUCUGGUAGAUUACUGUGCUAGCAAAUUUGGUGCUGUUGGAUUUCAUGAGAGUAUGACUCUAGAGCUUGCUAGUCUUGGAAAAGAGGGCAUAAAGACAACUUGCUUAUGUCCAGUGUUCGUAAAUACUGGAUUUGUCCAUGACCCAAGCACUCGAAUAUGGCCUGUUCUAACACCUGAAUAUGUUGCAAAAGCUUUUGUGGAUGGCAUCUUAACCAAUAAGAAGAUGAUUAUUUUGCCUCCAUCCGUGAAAAUGUACUUGAUAAUGUCAAACUUUCUUCCUCAACGUGUGAUAUCGAAGAUAAACAGCAUGCAGGAUGUGCAGUUCGGUACCAAGUUCAGAAGUGCAACCAAAAUGGAUUAAUUUGCCUAAAUUAAAUCACAAUAGCAAAGCAUAUCUUUAUAUACUUAGUGUGGCUAACACACAUUUUGAUUAAAUAAUUUUCAUCAUUAUAGACAAAUUAGGCUACUUUCACACUUGCAUUUUUGCCAGAUCCAGCAGGGAUCAGAAAAACGCUUCAGUUUUUGAUAAUACAACCAUCUGCAUCCAUUAUGAACGGUUGUAUUAUCAUUAAAAGUCAAUGGGUGCCGGAUCAGUUUUCUAUUGUGUCUGAGAAAACAGAUCCGGCACCAUUGACUUAUAUUGUGUGUCAUACCGUAUCCGUUUUGCUCCGCAUCCCAUGCCGGAUAGAAAACCACUGCUUGUUUUUCUGUCCUGUAUGGGAACGCAACCAAAUGGAACGGAAUGCAUUAUGGUGGACUCCGUUCUGAUCAGUUCAAUUUUGUCCCAAUUGACAAUGAAUGGGGACAAAACAGAAGAGUUUUUCUCCGGUGUUGAGAUCCUCUUAUGGAUCUCAAUACCAGAAAAGAAAAAACGCAGAUGUGAGAGUGGCCUUAAUUACUGCUUUUGUGUAUUCUAUCUAUCUAUCCAUCUAUCCAUUUUUGAUUGCAGCACGGUCAUGUCCCAAACACCAAAUGACCACACCGUGUGUGUCGUACCCUAACAUGUACAGAUGUAGCAGUCCUUUCUUGACCUCCACAGCGCACAUGUUUUGUAUGAGAAAGGCCAUAAUAUGCAAACAGCAAAGAACAGAGCAGUAUGCUAUAUUAAUAAUGUAGUGCACCCACA